CCCGAGCAGGGUGAAUUGUCUGAGAAGGAGACAAUGGCCAUGCAAUGGGCGGUGAUGAAUUGGGAAAGGGCAAAGGGCGACCUGCAGAACCUCCUGAACCAAGUGCUCCCGAACUUCUUCCUCUCGACGCUGCCAGACCUGGUCUCUCAGAUGGAGCCAUGCGAGGUGAUUAAGGCGUUGGAGAAGGACUACGGUCAAGGAGACGCAGUCGGGCUAAUU